AUGGAUUGGUUCUCAUGGCUUUCAAAAACAAAUCUUGAUCCAUCUCUUGUAUAUGAGUAUGGCCUAACCUUUUCACACAAUGAGCUAGAACAAGAAGACAUGGUUUACUUCAACCAUGAGUUUCUCCAAAGCAUGGGAAUCUCCAUAGCCAAACAUAGGCUAGAAAUUCUCAAACAUGCAAGAAAAGAAAAGUCAAAGAGACAACCACCAAGACCAGUUGCAAAGAUCAUGGUAGCAAUCAAAAAGACAAAAAAGUGCUUAGAGGACUACAUCAUGAGAAAAUUGGUUACAUGUGAGGAACCAAAUUCAGCACUUGUAGUUGUACCAACAUCAAGACCUAGUAAUAGUGCUUAUUAUGGAACAAGAUCAUCAUGGAAGAGUAGUUCUUUGAAGAGGAGUAGUAAGAAGAUGAAAGUGGAGAAACAAGAGAGGCUAUUGCUUACAAAUGGUAGUCCUAGUCCUACAGUGAUGCCUGGUUUUGCUCUUGAUAGUUUUUCUAGUACUCCUAUGGUUUACCAUUUUCAUGAAGGAAAGAUGAAAGGAGAAGAUGAUGAUAAUAAUGGUUAUUGGUCUGCUGCUGUUGAAGAUAUCAGGUGGGAUACUAUGUUUCAAGAUCUAAAGCCAAAUUAA